AUGGAUGAGGACGUCUCGCCGCCCAUCGAGGAGGAAGAGCAAUUCUGGGAUGAGCUCGAGCGUGUGCUCAAGGCGCCUUGUGAGACGCAUGAGGAUAUCGACGAUGCUUUACGAUCCUUUCUGGCCUUGACGACCGAGCAUAGAAAGGACUACGUCCAGACCGAGUACGACUUUGCACAAUGCUGCUAUCGCCUACUCAACUCGCCGCUAUACUCGACGCAUUCCGACUAUGUUCGACGGCAGAUCUUGUAUUGCUUGCUGCAGGAGGACGACGAUGAUGUCCUGCACAUAUCCGUCGCCUUCUUAAUCUAUGAUGGCAGAACCAACGAAAACGGCUUCAGCAUGCUCCAGGGUGAGGGUACUUUCCCUCGCCUGGUACAAUUGAUACGCGAUAAACGAGAUAACGAUUACGGCCUACACAAACUACUGCUGGAGCUGCUCUACGAGAUUUCGCGCUCGCAGAGGCUGAAUCGAGACGAUCUGGUCACCGUCGACGACCCCUUCAUCCUCCACCUCCUCGACCUCAUCGAACACCUCUCCGACGACGCCGACGACCCCUACCACUACCCCAUCAUCCGCGUCCUCCUCGUCCUCAACGAACAAUACAUGUGCCACCCCCACCCCUCCGAUCCUCCCCUCACCAACCGCAUCCUCAAGCUCCUCUCCGCUCACGGCCCCUCCUAUCGCACGUUUGGCGAAAACCUCAUCCUCCUGCUCAACCGCGAAUCCACGCUCAGCAACCAGCUGUUGAUUCUCAAACUGCUCUACCUUCUGUUCACCACCCCGCAGACGUUCGAGUACUUCUACACCAACGACCUGCAUGUGCUCGUCGAUGUCAUUAUCCGGAACCUACUCGAUCUGGACCCCGGCAGCCUCGAUGCAAGAGGAGAAAAUGGCGAGGAAGGGUUAGAUGGGCAGCGCGCGCUACGGCACACUUACCUGCGCGUGUUGUGUCCACUGUUGAAGAACACGCAGCUGGCGAAAGAAGGAGGCAACUACAAGCGAAUCGAAGUGCGUCGACUCCUCCAUCUCCUCGUCAACCGCUCCUCCGCCCACUUCGCCCCAGUCGACGGCACAGUCUUACGACUCGUUAUACGCUGCAGACAAGUCGACUGGAUCUGGGAGGAAGGCGACGAAGAAGACGAAGAGAUGGCGCAGAAACUCGCCGGACUCGCCGACGACAGCCCGACCGGCGAGGUGACGGACAAAGCGGUCGCGAAAAAGAUGCUCGGCAUGGGCCUCGAAGAAGCCGGCGUGAGCAAUUUGAGCGUCGUGGACGUGAGCGCGGAUUUGGGAGAGCAGGAGAUGAAGCCAAAGGGGAAGCAGAAGCCGGACGCGCCGGCGCCGAGGCGAAAGUCCGUGGUGAAGCAGCAGGGGGAGAAGGAGAAAGAGCGAGGGAGGGAGAAGCCGGUCGUGCCGGCGCCGAGGCGGAGGAGGGGGAAGAAGGUUGAUGGGAUGAAUGGAGAGGAGCAGCAUACCAAUGGGAAGACGAUGGAGGGGUUGAAGCCGCCGCCGGGUGAUGCGGGGGAGGAUGGGAGGGAGGGGAGGAGGGAUCGGAGUCCGUUUGCUGAUGAGAAUGGGGAGACGUGA